GGGAGCGGGCCUGGCGGGGCCUUUGCGGCGGCCCGGACUCUAGUGCCCCUACCCCGGCCUGAUUCGCACGCCCCUGCCCGGGCCGUGCCCGCCGCUGGCGUUCGGAAAGAGAGCCGGGCCGGCUGGCUGUGCGCGCCCAUUAAUCUGCCGGGCGGGCGGCGGGCGGCGGGCGGGCGGGCUGGGGGCUGUUUGUAACUUUGCUGCCUCGGUCGCCGCGGUCCCCGGGGAGCGGGCUCCAGCGCUCGCUCCCAUUGGCCGCCGCCGCGUCAGCUGGUGCGAUUUGCUGCUGUCGCUUUUGGCGUUCGGCCAUCCAGAAACAAACCAGUUCGAUGACUACUAAUAGUUAUAGCCAGAUGUACUAAUACACAACAAAUCACAGUCCUGCAGAGGGGCGCGCAAAUGAGUUCCUAUUUUGUGAAUCCCACUUUCCCCGGGAGCCUGCCCAGCGGCCAGGACUCCUUCUUGGGCCAGCUGCCCCUCUACCCGGCUGGCUAUGACGCGCUGAGGCCCUUCCCGGCCUCGUACGGGGCGUCGAGCCUCCCGGACAAGACGUACACCUCACCUUGUUUCUACCAACAGUCCAACUCGGUCCUGGCCUGCAACCGGGCGUCCUACGAGUACGGGGCCUCGUGUUUCUAUUCUGAUAAGGACCUCAGUGGCGCCUCGCCCUCAGGCAGUGGCAAGCAGAGGGGCCCCGGGGACUACCUGCACUUUUCUCCCGAGCAGCAGUACAAACCCGACAGCAGCAGCGUGCCGGGCAAAGCCCUCCAUGACGAAGGCACCGACCGGAAGUACACGAGCCCUGUUUACCCCUGGAUGCAGCGGAUGAACUCCUGCGCGGGUGCCGUGUAUGGAAGUCACGGGCGCCGAGGCCGCCAGACCUACACGCGCUACCAGACGCUGGAGCUGGAGAAGGAGUUCCACUUCAACCGCUACCUGACGCGGCGCCGCCGCAUUGAGAUCGCCAACGCGCUCUGCCUCACCGAGCGCCAGAUCAAGAUCUGGUUCCAGAACCGCCGCAUGAAGUGGAAAAAGGAAAAUAAACUCAUCAAUUCCACACAGCCCAGCGGGGAGGACGCUGAGGCAAAGGCGGGCGAGUAGACGCCUGGGCAGGGACCAGGCCAGCACCGCAACCUCCCUCGGCUUUGCCCCCUUGCCUUCGCCUGCUCCCCAACUUUUCUCCCCCGCCUGCCCCCAUCCGGGGGGCUUCUGCAGCUUCAGGGGAGCCGGGAGCUUUGCAAACGCCUGAGCAUUUAUUUCUCACACACACACAAAAUCCCACACACAGCCAAUC